AUGGAGGUUGAGAACGGCAAUUUCAAUAGCAACAACAAGACUAAGGAACAAGCUGGAUUUUUUAACAAACCUCCCGGGUACAGAUUCUUCCCAACAGACGAAGAGCUCAUCGUCUUUUACUUGGAGAAAAAAGUAUGGAACCAGCCCCUUCCAAUUAACAAAAUAGUGGAGGUUAAUCUAUAUGCACAUAAUCCAGAUUUUCUUGCAGCAAAAUACAAGGAUUAUCAAGAAGAUCAAUUAUACAUUUUCACCCCAAGAGAUCGAAAGUAUCGAAAUGGAAGACGGCCAAAUCGAGCUGCUGGUGAUGGAUAUUGGAAAGCCACCGGAGCUGAUAGGAAAAUCAAAUCCAAGGGAACCGUAGUUGGGUAUAGGAAGGCAUUGGUUUUUUAUAUAGGAAAGGCUCCAAAGGGUAAAAAAACCAACUGGAUUAUGCACGAAUUUAGAGUCGAGGAUUCACCCUGUAGCGAAAGAGGCUCAAAUGGCAUGAGGGUAUGUAGUUUUUCAUCCUUUUACUAA